UUCAAAAAAUCAAUUCCUGAUAUAAAUCACUGCUAAAUAAUACGCAGACCACAGUGGAAGAUAUUGGAACCAGUUGGCACCAUCUUUGGUCCACUGUCACAGACAAGUUGACAGUUUUGUUUUUUAGGUUACGUUUUUAGGUAAAAAAAUGUCUGCAACGUUUAAAAAUUCAAAAAAGAAGCUUGUGCAGACGGAAUUCCGCCGUUUAAUAAGCGAGAAAAGCAAGUUGCAAAAAGACGUCAAAAAGAUAGAGUCGCCUCUUUUUAAGUAUAACGAUUCAGGCCAGCUUACAUGUGUGCUGUGUAAGUCCGUUGUCAAAUCGGAAGCCGUAUGGACAGUCCACAUAAAUUCGAAACAACACCGCGAAAAUGUAGAACUCGCCAAAAAACUCAAAGAAAAAACGAACAACUUCACAACUCCCUUGAAACGGCCCUUGACGCCGCCUAUGGAAGUGCCCCAGAAGAAAAUCAAGGGAAUUUUGAAAAACUCUAAUUCAAGUAAAAGUGAAGAGAAGGAAAUUCCCGAUGAUUUCUUUGACGCUAAGUCACAAAACGGUGCCCCAAUCUUACCGGUGAAAAAACCUCGGGAAGAGAAAAUGGAAGUUGAUGACAAUACUGAAACGAUACCUGAAGGUUUUUUCGAUGACCCGAAGUUAGACGCCAAAGCCAGGAAUCAGGAAUACAAAGAUCCAGUUGAAGAAGAAUGGGAGAAAUUUCAGAAGGAAAUUCGCGAAGCUGACAGUAAAAGUGCCGCGAUUAUUGCUGAAGAUCAAGAGGAGGCGACCAAUGAGCGACAAAUUGAUGAAAUCGAAGAACAAAUGAAGAAAUUAUCGAGGGUUUUAGAUUUAGAAAAGAAGAAAGAAACGAUUAUAACACACACUAGUGGGGACAAAGUAGAUCAAGAGGAUGAUUCCAAUGAAGACGAUAAUGAAGAUUUUGAUGAGUAUUUGGACUGGCGGUGUAAAAAAGCGUUCAAAUAAUUUGUAUUCAUUUUAUUUAUAUCAAUAAAUUUUUCUUUAGUAUUUUA